UCUCUACCAUUAGUUUGCCUCACUUACUAGAAGCCAUCCUCUCUAGGAAUCUGAGCAUUGAUUUCCUGGUUUUCCGGGACACUUGGAAAACCUUGGGAAGGCUGGAAUACAACAACCAGAUCAGAUUCCUGGUGACUGGGUGGGAGCCCAGGUGGGCGUUGUUCUGGGAGCUACGGGUGGAGAGAAUAAAAGACAGAGAGGAUGGUAACAUGAUAGGGAGUGUAGCCAAGCAUGGUGACUCACUAGCCUACAUAAAAAUGCCACAGCCUAUGGCAGAACAGAGCCAGGUGUCCUCUCCACCUCCACACUUUUGCUGCUACUUCUGCAGUUCUAGAGAGAGACUUAUGGGAGGUAAGAGGUAGAGCACUAUAGUGGAGAAGGAGAGUGGCCUCCAUAGGAGAAGAGAGAGAAAGCAGAGGGUGGUAAGGGCCAGGCAAACUGUGUCCUGGAGAUUGAGGCAGUGGUAGUGAGACGGUGAGGCCAAGGAAGUUCUCAUCACCCAAGGACAGGAGAGUGAGCUAUGCUUGUCCCUUUAGGAAGGGCCUCACCCCAAAGCAAGGCUACCUCUCAGAACCUCUGUUUGACUACAAAGGAAUUUAUCCCUACCCUAGGAUCUAAUCUAUUCCCUCCUAUUGGAUGGUAUUAACUGGUCCCAAAUUUUGAUCUAUUGUUGAUCAAAAAUGACCUGGCAGCUGAGCCAACCUGCAGGGUUGAUUGAAGACAGAGAAAGGCUGCAGAAUAGUCCUGUUUUUGUUACCACUGGUGAGUCACACUUGGCCAGGCAUCUGGCCCUGGAUUUCAGCCAAUUAUAGGCUUUACAGGAAGGAUACAGACUUUGAUGUGGGAAUUCCUUUAGUCAGCAGUCUUUAGUCUCUGGUAUGGUCAAGGUCAAAAAUUUUUGCAAAUCUGGUGGAUGUCACUGAAAAAGGACACUGCCCUCCCCUGCCCAGUUCUGGAAAAAAGCUUCCCACUCAUCCAGUAGCUAGCAAUCUGGAGCUGGGGAUGAGGAUGGAAAAGGAAAAUCUAACAGCUUAUUUUAGACUUCAUGUAACCAGGAAGCCUAGUCUGGGUGCCUCCUGGAAGCAACAGGGAAAAUGAAGGCAUUUGUACACUUUUUAUUGUAAAAAUUUCAAACAUAUUUAAGAGUAGACAAAAGAAUUAAUGAAUCUCUAUGCUCCCACACACAGAUUCAACAAUUAUCAAUUCAGGGCCAUUUGACAACAGAGUUUGUUAUUUAUUAUUAUUUUUAAAGAUUUUAUUAAUUUAUUCAUGAGAGACACGCACAGAGAAAGAGAGGCAGAGACACAGGCAGAGAAGCCUGAUGUGGGACUUGAUCCCAGGACCCUGGGAUCACACCCUGAGCUGAAGGUAGAUGCUCAACCACUGAGCCACCCAGGAGUCCCUGACAAUAGCAUUUAAAUAUCUUCCUCUAUUAUUAGUUGGGAACGUCUACUCCCUCUCAGUAUUUCUUAUAUUCUGUGGACCCAUUUGACCGUCUGUGGUAGGCUGAAUGGUGUCCUCCCUAGCACCACCAAAGAUAUCCACAUCAUCCCUGGAACCUGCUAAUAUGUUAGGUUACGCAGUGAAGGGAAAUUAAGGUUGCAGAUGGAAUUAAGGUUAUUAGCUGACCUUAAAGUAGAGAGAUUAUCCUGAAUUAUUUGGAUGGGUCAAUGUGUAAUCGUAAGGAUCUUUAAGUGUGGAAGAGGGAAGAAGAAGAAGAAAAGGUCAGAGUCAUGCAAUGUAAGAAGAUCUUCUGUUUCUGGCUUUGAACAUGGAGGAAGGAGACCAUGAGCCAAGGAAUGCAGGUGGUUUCUAAAAGCUAGGAAAUGCCUGAGUGACAGGCAUUAAGGAGGGCACAUGAUGAGAUGAGCACUGGGUGUUAUACUGUAUGUUGGCAAAUACAAUUGAAAUAAAAUUUAAAAAGAAAAGGUAGAAAAUGCAAGGAAAUGGGUUCUCCUCUAGAGCCUCUAGAAAGAAACACAGUCCUGGUGACUCCUUGAUUUUGACCCAGUGAGAACAAUGUGCUGGGAGCCCACUUCUGAUCUUCAAAAUUGUAAGGUAACAAACUUGUAUUGUUGUAAGCUACUAAGGUUGUGGUUGUUAUAGCAGUGGUAGGAAAUUAAUACACCAUCGUCUCUUAAGGAUGGGAACCAGGCCUAUUCCUUACAUACAAGAUCUUAUCCAGGAGCAGCCUCUCCAAUGUGGGGCACUUCUGUACUCCUGAGCUCCUACAGGUUGUGGUUAAGGUAAAGGAGCUAUGGCGAUGUAUGAGAAAAGAGUGCUGGAAGAGAAUGAUCUGGAUCCCAAAGAGAAAGUAAAGAGAAUUGAAUGUUUCUAUUGCUGAAAAGGCAAUGAUGAGAUCAGGACCCCAAGAUUGAAGAUACUCCUGUGCCUGGUGUAGGAAGCCAGAGUGGGCAGGGCAGGGCUGGCAAUCAGUGACCAGCAGUGAACCAGGACACCUGGGUCAGGAAGGGGUGGGGAACUUUAGGAAAGAAACCGGGGUGGACACACCCAGCUUCCCUAGGACAUUCAAGUGGCACCUGUUGCCACAGACUGAAUUAGGAAUGAGAGUGGAAUGUACAGCCUUAUUAUCUGCACAACCACUGGCUCAGCUUGUUUCUGCUGUCCCUCACCCCACCAAGAGGAUAAAGGGUUGGCUGUCUUGGGGCAGAGAGAGAGAGAUGUUAGAGUUGAGCAAGAUGCAGGGCUGCAUGGCAGGGAGCGGAGUUCCUCUGGGCCUGCUUCUUCUGAUCUGUCUUCAUCUCCCAGGUAUGGAGGUUGUACCCAACCCUUUGCACAGGUGGAAACUGGAAGGCUCCAGGGGAACUGGAAUUGAGGGAAGAGGCUUCUUUGGCCGAAGCAUUGGUGCAGUGGAGGAGAAAGUAAUCCAACACUUGGGAGCCAACUUGCCUCUGCUUGAACAACCUUACUUGACCAGCCACUCCAACUCUGAACUUCCUCAGUCCAAACCAGACCCUGGGCCAAAUGAUUUAACAAGGGUUCCUUUGAAGCUCAACGUUUCUCCAUCAGAUGGCUUCCUACCUGCAGGAGGUUCUGGAGUUCAGAGGUGGCCCCCAACUGAGAGACUGCCCUCCAUGGAUUCCUGGCCCCCUGAGGAUCCUUGGCAGAUGAUGGCUGCUGCCAUUGAGGACCACAUAGGUGAAGUGCUGCGUGAAAAACAGUCUUUCCUUUCUGGUGCCAUUGCCCCCACUCUGGGCAGCAGUUUCUUGCCCGCAGGACCCUCUGCACAUUCCGCAGGCCCCAUACCUGAGGCUUCACUCUACCAGGAGUCUAAGUUUAGACAGCCACUCCAUUCUAAUGUGCUGGGAGCCCACAGAGAAAUCCUUGCCCGAAACCUACCUUCUCUUACUAACAGGAUUCGACAGCCACCUAUGCCUGGGCACCCCUGGGGAACCCUGAAUCCAGGAGUGUCCUGGGGAAGUGGAGGUCCUGGAACUGGAUGGGGCACCAGGCUCAUGCCACACUCUGUGGGAAUCUGGGGUAUCAAUAAUCGAUACCCAAGUACUAGCUGGGGGGAUAUUAACCGGUAUCCAGGUACUAGCUGGGGGAAUGUUAACCGGUAUCCAGGAGGCAGCUGGGGAAAUAUUCAUCUACGCCCAGGUAUUAAUUAAUUUCCUCCCAGAGUUCUUCAUCCUACUGGCUCUGUUUGGAACAUCCCAGCUGGCUUCCUCAGUCCUCCAAACCCUGGGUCACAGUGGGGUUAGGAGAAUGACAGAGGGGAACACCCUAAGUUGGAAAUCAAAAGAAUGGAGUGUGAGCUAAAUGAAGAUUCAAUGAGUGUGUUUUCUAGCAUCCUCUCUACUUUUUACUGCCUCCCCUGCUCCCCUCAUGCUGAUAUCCAAUAAAACACAAACAAUUAUUAAAUUUG